AUGACGCUGCAGGACUUUAUUGCAGUUAGAAAAUUUUAUUGUGAAAAAAAACACGAAAAACUCUGCACUGAGUGCAAAAAGCUAAUACUUGCUGCUGAAGAAAUUGUUACAUGCGUUGUUGUUGAUCUAAAGUCUUUGUGUUCAAGUCAUUUUAAACUAACACCAUACAAAAGCGAUAAAGCAGUCAGGCGGAUUAUGCAGUUGCCAGUGGUGGUAAUAAGAUUAUGUCUUAAUGGUCCUGGUUCUCAAAAACUUUACGUAACAGAGAAAAUGAAGGGUGUGGAAUACUCUAUUUUCCCAGUCUUAGUUAAUAAAUUUGUUGUUUCAAGUAAGAGACAGGUUAAUGAUCUAAGCAAAGAAUUACUGCAGGGUUUGUGCCAACUGGCAAGUACAGAAAAAGACAGAUCUUUGAUCAAGUAUGCGGUUUGCCGUUCACAUAGUUUGGGUAGCAAACAAUCGAAACAUUUAUACGGUGUUUCAAAUUUAAAGAAUCUAACAGAAAGAGUUGAAGCUUCUCUACACCAGGCUCAGCUGAUUAGAGACGAAAUUAUGUCAUUAGCAUCAAUAGAAGAAAAAGCCAUCUUGCAAUCUUUUGGAAUAGCUGUGCAAGACAGUGAGGAAUCGUGUGAUAGUGCGUCAGGUUCAGAUACCGAGGAACUUGUCGAGUUGAAUUGGCUCAGUGAUGAAGCCUCCACAGACGAAGAAGCAAGUAGCAAACUUAGUUCCAAAGAAAGUACAGAAAAUAACCUUACAGAUGAGAUUCCAAAGAAUGAUCACCUUACUGUGAACCCUUCUCCCUCACAUGAACAAUUGUUGAACAUUCUGCGUGAGAAUAACAUGAAUUGGUUUGCCCUUGUAGAGGAAGUUAAGCUUCGUUUUCGUAAUUCAACAGAGGAAGAAUUACGUCAGGCCUAUUUGGGCUUUGUCUCCUAUCUUUCCAACAGUAACCUUAGUGUCGAAGACAAAAGGCAAGCUGAGCAUUCCAGGCAAGCUUUUCUUGAGCUUGAAAAAGAGAAAAUUGUUGGUGGAACAGAUGACUUUGCGGUGCAUACCGAUUCAGAAAGUGACAAUCCCGAGGAAUGGGCUAAGGUUUCUCAUGUUUUGUCAGUUGAGGGUCAAUCGUUGAUAAAGAAACAGCGGAAGAUCCAGAAACGAAAAGUUGCAAGACGAAUUGCUAAAGAAACGUCACUUUCGUCUAUGUUGAAGAGAAAAAUUCCAAAAAAAGUUUCGAAUAUUUUAAAACGGUUUCCAAAUAUAGGAAAAGACAUAGAGGAAUAUGUCAAAGAGAAGAGAGUAGAAGAACUGGUGUCCUUACCUUCUCUGGAAACCUAA